AUUAAUUUGACAUUUAAUUAAAUGAAUUUUAAUUUAAAAAACUUACUAAAACCUAUAUUUACCAAAAAUAACACAGGGCGUUUUAAAUUUGGAAGUUGUCCGUAUAAAAAAUCAAAUGUUGCGAUACAAUGUGAUCCUAAACCAACUGUGAGGAAAUCGCAUCCAAAAGAACGUGAACAAUUAAAACGAUUCGGAAAUUAUUGCGCUCAAAUAUUACCAAAAUUCAUUCAAAAAGUACAAAUAACAAAAGGGGAUGAAUUAGAAAUAUGUAUCGUUCCCGAAGGAAUUUUACCAGUUCUUCAAUUUUUAAAAGAUCAUCAAAACGCGCAAUUCGCAAGUCUUUGCGAUGUAACAGCCAUAGAUGUGCCGAGUAGAGAGUAUCGAUUCGAAAUUUUUUACAACCUACUUUCGUUACGGUUUAACUCUCGAAUUCGUGUGAAAACCUACACGGACGAAUUAAGCCCUUUAGACUCGUGCGUUUGCAUUUUUGAAGGCGCAAAUUGGCACGAAAGGGAAAUAUGGGAUAUGUUCGGAAUAUACUUUUUGAAUCACCCGGAUCUUCGACGUAUUUUAACAGAUUACGGGUUUCAAGGGUACCCAUUGAGAAAAGAUUUUCCAUUAUCAGGAUACAUCGAGGUGCGAUACGACGACGAAAAGAAACGUUGUGUGUACGAACCACUUGAAUUAUCUCAGGAAUUUCGUCGAUUUGAAUUAGAAGUACCCUAUGAACAGUUUCCGAACUUUCAUAAAUCUGGUCCUUUACCAGAAGAUGUCCCCUUUGACUGUAAACAACAUAAUGAAGACAAUUAAUAUUUAUGAUGUUUUACACUUUUUUCUUUAUAUCUUUUUAUAUGAAUUUGGUAUUAAACAUGAUUGAAAUGUGAAAUAAACUGGUCUACAAAUGAAA